UUUUGCUUCUGUGCCAGAAGGUUAAAAAUCCGAAAUCUUCAUUUUACCCCUCAUUUGUGUCUCGCAGUCCUUCCCCAGCACUUUCAGAGCCGAACCUUCAUUCUGUGGGAUCCUACUAAGUAUGAAGACUUUUGUGAGUGUUUGUGUCCUUUUGUGCUUAGUUCCAGAAUUCCAUGCAGCCCCAAAGCUGACCUGUAUACGAUCUCUAAAGUGCCCCGUUACGCAUCAGGGAUGUUACGUGGUCGACGGGCUCUGCCGCUGUGAUCAGGCGUUGUGUUGUAACAAUCCCUUUAAUUACUCAACACUGGAAAGCUGUUUGGCAGAUAAUGCGCUUCAGUUAGAGGAUCCAUGUAAAGAUGAUCCAUGUAAGAACAAUGGGUAUUGUGUCCAACUGAUGGGUCAGUCUUCCUACCGCUGUGAUUGCUACGGUACAGGAUAUUUUGGACCUCACUGCCAUAAAAAGUGCCCAAAAGAUGCAAGAAAGGAAAUACACAGUUUAAAAGGACAAACGGAAGAGCACGCUCGUAGUAGGAAGCGUUACCUUAUGGCAUGCCUUUAACUUACAUAUUCUUAUGACAGAGUAACCAUGGCUGAUAGUAAAAUGAAAGUUGUCAAAAGAAUUUUGUUAGUAGAUGUCAAUAUGGACAGUAAACGCCAUACAUAAGAAAAGAUAACCAAGUUAUAAACUGGAUCUAUUCUUCGUCAUUUUUUUACCUAUGCUCUGCAAUGUCCAGAGUUGACAAUCGAGAUGCAUCGAUCGUGGCAUCUGAGAUAGCGCAUAAAGAAAAUUACUUUUUAUAUCAUGUAGUUUAAAGUACAUUAAGGACUUUUUCUAUAUAAAUUAGAGAACAAUUCUGUUGUGAUCUGAUCAAACUUGAGCUUUAAAAUAUUGAAGAGAAGUUUGGUUUUGAAAAAAAAAAAGGACUUACUUGAGCAAUAGAAUAGUUAGGGAAAUGAUGAUAGUAAAGUUGAAAAAUGACUGCUAUCCACGUCUUUACACUUCAGGCAGGUGAAACAGAUGUUAAAUUCACAUCAGCUAGUAAUUAUCACUGUUAGGGUCUCUCCGCACAAGCGAAAAACUUGUUUAUUUAGAAAUUUUUUUUUGUCAUCACCAACAUUUUACAAGUGCGGAUGGUUUGUCGCGACUUGACAAAAUUUGGGCGAGGUUGACAAAUCCUCAGACGGACCGCCGACAAAAUUUGUCCCCGGUAAAAACUAGAAAAAUCGACUGAAUAAACAAAACCGUGAUAAA